CGCGCGAAACAAAAAGCAAAGCUAUUUUCUGUAAAUUUAAAGCUGAGACAGUGUUUGGUUUGCUGUCCAUGAUCGUCCAUCAUGCCUGCGACGAGAGGACGAGAUACGGGAGAUAGAUCCCCUGCUCAGGAGUCUGACUUCACCAAUGCAGAAAGCACACACUCUGAUGAAGGUGGUCAUCAUGGGAGACGAGGAAAGAAAGCUAAACCUAAAGCCAGAGACGAUGAAUCAGAAACCAGCGCAGAACCCGUCACCAUGUUUGAGAUCGUCAGGCAUGGCAAGAGUGCUCUUCAGACGGUAGUGGAUGACUGGAUCGAGUCGUACAAGAUCAACCGAGAGGAGGCUCUCCUGGACCUCAUCAAUUUCUUCAUCCAUAGCUCUGGAUGCAAGGGAACCGUUACCGCGGAGAUGAUGUCUACCAUGGAACACAGUGACAUCAUCAGGAGGAUGACGGAGGAGUUUGAUGAGGAAACUGGUGACUACCCGCUCAUCAUAUCUGGCCAGUUCUACAAGAAGUUCAAGAGUAGUUUCUGUGACUUUGUAAGCGUCCUGGUGCGCCAGUGCCAGUACAGUAUCCUCUAUGACCAGUACAUGGCUGAUAACAUCAUCUCACUACUGACGGGUCUCAGUGAUUCUCAAGUCAGGGCAUUCAGGCACACCAGUACCCUUGCUGCGAUGAAACUUAUGACUGCACUCGUGAAUGUGGCCCUCAACCUGAGCGUGAGUCUGGACAACACCCAGCGUCAGCAUGACGCAGAGCGCGCUAAGCAGUCGUCCAAACGAGCCAGCGAGAAGAUCGAGCUCCUCAUGGCUAAAAGGCAAGAGAUCAUGGAGAACACGGAAGAGAUUCAACAGAUGAUGAACAACAUCUUCAAAGGCAUCUUUGUACAUAGAUACAGAGAUACCCAGCCUGAGAUCAGAGGCAUCUGUAUGGGGGAGAUUGGUGUAUGGAUGAAGAAUUACAGUGAGAUGUUUCUCAGUGAUAGCUACCUCAAGUAUGUGGGUUGGACACUGCAUGACAAGGUUGGUGAUGUCCGCAACAAGUGUCUGGUUGCCCUCUAUACCCUCUAUGGUAACAUAGAGCUGGUGCCCAAACUAGAGCUCUUCACCAAUCGCUUCAAGGAUAGAGUGGUCAGUAUGACCCUGGACAAAGAGACGGAUGUAGCGGUCAAUGCUAUCAAGGUGGUCACCCUGAUCCUGAAAUACAACGAGGACAUCUUGAGUGCUGAAGAUUGUGAGAACGUCUACCAGCUGGUCUACUCGUCCAGCCGAGCAGUGGCCCAGGCAGCGGGAGAGUUCCUCAAUGAACGUCUAUUCAAACGUGAAGAUCAAGAGACUGCUAAGGUCAAACGUACAAAGAGAAGGAACAUCAACGCACCCCUGAUUAAAGAUCUCGUACAGUUCUUCAUUGAGAGUGAGCUUCAUGAGCAUGCUGCAUAUCUAGUAGAUUCUCUGUGGGACAUCAAUGAGAUGAUUCGAGACUGGGAUUGUAUGACUGAGCUGCUGCUAGAAGACCCCGGCAGAGGAGAAGAAGCUCUUGAUGAUAGACAGGAGACAGCUCUGAUUGAGAUCAUGGUGUCAGCUGUCAGACAGUCUGCUCUCGGUCAUCCACCCAUCGGCAGAGGCUCAGCAAAAAAGACUCUGUUGACAAGCAAAGAAAAGAAAGUUGUUCAGGAGGAUAAGAUGAAACUGACAGAGCAUUUCAUCACCAAGCUACCAGAACUACUUGCCAAGUUCAACACCGAUUGGGACAAGGUUGCCAAUUUGCUGGAGAUCCCUCAACAUUUUGAGGUAGAGAUCUACACCACGACCCGUCUCGACAAGCAUCUUGAUUCCCUUCUGAUCCAGAUGAGAGACAUCGUCGAGAAGCAUACAGAGUCUGAGGUUCUGGAUGCAUGUGCUAAGACGUAUGAAACGCUUCUAGGAGAGCGUUACAGCACCACACCAAGGGUUCAGGUCGCUCAGAGUACGCUCCUAGAUAACCUAGCUGAAAGGCUCAAGAGAAGCGUUGAUGUGUACCUUAUGACCCAGAAUCCUACAGAAGAUGACCUCUAUAACAUCUCAUCCAGUAUCAGAAGAAUUGCUUCAUUCUACAGCUGCCAUGACCUGACCCGAUGGGAGCUGUAUGAUUCUCUGUUCAGCCUGGUGAAGCGAUGCUCAGAGAGAGGGGCAGCUCCGGAUCAGAUCUUUACCUUGGCCAUCUCUUGCUGUCACUAUGCCAUCAUGUGGACCAUGACCAAGCUAGACAAUCAAAACCCAGAAAUGAGCGAGAUGAAGAAGAUCCGUCGGAAUGUCAGUGAGCUGAUCAAGACCUGCUCGACGCUCCUCAUCGACGGCAGCGAGCAGAUCCGAGAAGAGGCUUUCAUCACAAUCUGUGACCUGAUGGUGGUCUUCAGCAGACAGCUAGCUGCCCAGCCCACCCUCGCACCACUCGUUUACGAAGCAAACCUCACUCUCCAGACACUGCUCUCAGACUUUGUGCAGGAGCAUGUUUUUGUCGAAGAAGAUGAUGAUGAUGAUGAAGAAGACGGUGAUGACUCCCAUAAGAUUGAGGUGCUCCACAAGAGACGUAACCUCCUGGCAGCCUUCUGUAAACAGAUUGUAUUCAGCAUCAUUGAGAUGAGGAAUGCAUCAGGAAUCUUCAAGCAUUACAUGAAGUUUUACAAUGACUAUGGUGAUAUCAUCAAGAUGACCCUUGCCAAGUCUCGAGAGAACAACAAGAUCAGCUGUGCCAGAACACUUGGUCUUAGUCUGACCCAGUUAUUCAAGGACAUGAAAGGAGACAUGGGGUAUGACGAGGCCAAGACGCAGAGUCAACUUAACGCUAUCAAGGAACUCGCCAGACGUUUCUCUUUGACCUUUGGCCUUGAUCAGAUCAAGACAAGGGAUGCGGUUGCUGCCUUACACAAGGAGGGUAUUCAAUUCGGCUUGACUCCACUUGAAGAUCCAGCUAACGAGUAUGGCCCUCCACCUAACCUGGGCUACCUGGAGAUCUUGACUGAAUUCAGCAGUAAACUGAUGAGACAAGAUAAGCGUACUGUGCUGCAAUACUUGGAUAAGAACCUGAAGGAAGGGAUGACGGAGCAGGAGAGUGAGGAAUGGGCCCCUCUAAGGAUCUACCGCCAUUCACUCCUUCAGGGAGACCUGAUAGAGAGACCACCAGAGGUACCACGGAUACAGAAGAUGAGCAAGAAACAGGUCAAGGGAAUGAAGAGAAAGAUGGCCAUGCAAGGAGAUGAGAGUUCUAACGACCAAUGGUUGUCCAGGGAUGCCCACAUCAACGUCACCGGUGCAGCAAAGCGUCUCAGAGGAGACGAGGAGACAUCACUGCAAGGAUCCGAUAGAGAUUUUGAGCAUCCCAUGCACACGGAGGUCGAUGAGGAGGAUGAAGAGGAGGAGGAGGAGGAAGAGGAAGAUGAGGAGGACUUCCAUGAAGGACAGGCCAUGCAGGUUUUGGAGGACAUGCAGAUGGGAACAUUCUAGAGACAAGGAGGGAGAAGACAUUGUGGACCGUUCAAGUACCUGCAUCACCUGGGGGGUUUCACAAAACUUGUCAUCAGUGACAAAUGACAGUUUUUGUUGAAAGCUACUGAAAUCCUUGCUUCUGAUUGGCUAUCAGCAGAUUUGUCACUGAUUUUUGUCAUUUGUCAUUAAAAAAGGCUUUGUGAAACGGGGCCCUGGACUGCAUCCUUUCAGACCACAGCUCACAAAGAUGAUGGCACCAUACUUCAUUUUCAUUACAUUACAAUAAAAAUUAAACUAAAAGUAGGAACACUGAUCAUUCCAUGUAUAAGAUGGAAAUGUCCAAUGAAGGACAUUCCUCAAAUAAUCAUAUGCAAUUAAUAACAAUGCACGUUGUGUCAUUUGGUUAGCAAAAUGUUCUGUCAAAUAAUGAAUAAACAUAUAAAUAUCUCAAGUGUAUUGUUGUCCACAAAGUUCAUAAGCUAGAUAGAUUUCAGGUCUAUUUAUGUUUACACAUUGACAAGUUUCAUGCAGGUUCAUGUAGUAAAUUUUAACCUCCUGUUUUUUUGCAUUUCGGGGCUAAACUGUUUCAAAAUUGUGGAUCCAAAUUGAAGGCAUUCCCUCAUUGAAUGGGCAGGGAGGGUAUUGAAAAGAUAACUGGUCAACUUUGACUUCUUUGUUAUCGAUUCUCAAUUAGUCUCCGCUUUAAUAAGUUUGGACCUAGUUUAAGAGUUCAGAUAUUAUGUGAAUAGUUAAACAGAUGUCAAAUUUGUUGAUCAAUACCCAUUUACUGAUUAAAGAAAUAACAUUUCUUGAUUACUAGUUAUAUAUUGAUUCUGACUUUAUGUAAAUAUUGUAUUAUAGCUUUUUAUGAUAUGUGUUACCAGUUGUUGUCUUGUCACAUAUGAAAUGUGAUUGAAACUGUUAUGUAAUAUAUAAAACAUGCUGUUCUUGUAAGGUUAUUGGUGCAUCUUGAAAUUUCAUGUAGUAUGUGAUGUGGGAUAUACAUGUGUGUGUGUAGAAGAUUGUCUUUUCACUCAAUAAUGUGGAUUAUUCAUUCAACUUCUGUCUGUAGACAAGGCAUUUUAUCUGUACCUGUCUCUUUUAACCCAGGUGUAAUAGAUAAGGCUCUGCUGAUCUAGUAAGAAGGAAUUCCUGAAUUACUUUGAGCACCACAAUAGAUAAAGGAUAGUUUAGAUGACUACCUCUAGGAAGCCAAGAGCAUAUCCAGGGUUCAGUGACACAAAGACGUAACUCCAUAUUUUGCCAAAAUGAGUAUUUGAUAUCAAAAUGGUCAGAAAGAUGUGGGCUUUCCAGGAAACACAAAGACUUAACUCCACCCAACACCCUCGAUAUGAGUAAAACAAAGCUGAAAUUGGUAUUAUUGAAGUGAAAUAACUAUUAUCACUUUAUAUUUGAAGUGGGUGAAGCCAGUCUUGAUAGCCUUGGUCAAAUUGAUAUUGAUCUGAAGAUAUUGCCCAGCUGAAAAUGCCAAAUUUAGGGAGAUAAAUCCUUUUACUCCUGUGAAGCAUUUACACCAUGUCAUGACUUCUAUCUAGUGUGUCUUUUUAGUGUUAUUAUGAUGUUUGUUUUGUAAAUCUUUUUAUACAAUUAUGUUCAGUAUAUGCUGCUAAGAGCAAGCACCAACUCAUUGAUUAUUUAAUGAGCUUCUAAGAGACUUUCAAGCUUAUGUCUUAGCAUGUGAACAGUGGUUUUAAACAAAAUUGUAAAAAUUUGUAUAGUGUAUCGCUGAUGGUGAGAUUGUAAGCGUUUGUUAAACUUUUGUUGAAAGUUGAAUAAGAUAAUAAAAAGUACAGCAUAUUA